UAACAAACCUUAGCUUUCAAGGGGCCGAAAUGUGAAUUCUGAUGUGAAAACAACUUUUUACUAAAAAUCUGCUUGUGGUUUGGAGAACGUUUGGAAAAUGGAUGGAGAAUCCUCUCUGGAGAGAUAUUUAGACCAAUGUGACGCUGAGGAUGUCAGUCCAUCAACUCCCAACAUAUACACCCCCACUGCAUUUGAUGAUUUGCAGCCGGUUCCUGGAACGUCCUAUUCCUCGUUGCUUGAUCAGUCAAAAGAGCUUUCCUCUGACUUUUCGUUUGUAGACCUGAGCUUUCUCCCUGAUGACUUGAAUCAAGACCACGAAGAGAAGAAUGAACAUAACGACCAGCAAUACCCAACGCAAUCUGCAGAGCAGGACAGUGGAAUCUGCUUAAAUGAAUCUGGACUGUCCCAGCCGUACACCCCUUCCGAUUGCAGAGCUCAUUCACAAGAUGCUUCAAACUUGUGUCAUAUGCCGAUUACGCCCAUGACCCCAAUUACUCCAAAGACCCCAAUUGCUGAAAUAUCUGGCAUAGUCCCUCAGCUGCAAAAUAUUGUGUCUACGGUGAAUCUAUCAUGUAAACUAGAUUUGAAGAAAAUUGCCCUGCAUGCCAGGAAUGCAGAAUAUAAUCCAAAGAGAUUUGCUGCAGUAAUAAUGAGAAUUCGAGAACCAAGGACAACGGCACUUAUUUUUAGCUCUGGAAAAAUGGUCUGCACAGGGGCAAAGAGUGAAGAACAGUCCCGGCUGGCAGCGAGGAAGUAUGCCAGAAUUGUACAGAAACUGGGAUUUCCAGCCAGGUUUCUUGACUUUAAAAUCCAGAAUAUGGUGGGAAGCUGUGAUGUAAAGUUCCCAAUCCGACUUGAAGGUUUGGUAUUGACUCAUCAGCAGUUUAGCAGUUAUGAACCUGAACUUUUCCCUGGCCUUAUCUAUAGGAUGGUGAAACCAAGGAUUGUGCUGCUUAUUUUUGUCUCUGGGAAAGUUGUAUUAACUGGUGCCAAGGAACGUUCUGAAAUUUACGAGGCAUUUGAAAAUAUAUAUCCAAUUCUUAAAAGUUUUAAGAAAACAACAUAA